AUGCUGCACAAGCAAUAGGGGUGAAAGGUCGUGAACAUGGCGCUGGCCACUCGUCUGCUCCCGCAUCAUCUCCUCUCCUGGUCGCUGCCCCGUGGAGCCGCUCGGCUUCAGACCCCCGGGGCGGCCCCAGUGAGGCCGCUUUGGGCCGGACUCUGCUGCUUGUGCCGCCGCCGCCUCAGCUCGGGAGCGACGCUGGGUCGCCGCCGCCUGGGGCCUGGUUCCGCCCCAGGGAUCCCUGCAACCCUCGCCGCCUAUCCUGUGGGUCCCCGGCGCGGUUACAGCACCGAGGGUCAGCGCCCGGGGACCAGGAUGAUCGUCCUGGGUUUCUCCAACCCCGUAACCUGGGUGCGCACCCGAGUGCUCGCCUUCCUCAUCUGGGCAUACUUCGACCGCGAGUUCAGCAUCUCAGAGUUCGCUAGGGCCGCAAAGCAGGCUUUUGCUCAUGUCUCCAAAUUGCUGUCACAGUGUAAAUUCGAUCUAUUGGAAGAACUUGUGGCCAAAGAGGUGCUGCCCAUGUUGAAAGAAAAGGUCACAUCACUGCCUGAUGACCACAGACGUGCUCUUGCUGCUGACUUAGAUGAAAUCGUCUACAUGUCAACAGGGGACAUCUCCAUUUACUACGAUGAGAAAGGAAGGAAGUUUGUUAACAUCCUGAUGUGCUUUUGGUAUCUGACCAGUGCCAACAUCCCCAGCGAUGCUGUCCGUGGAGCCAGUGUGUUCCAGGUUAAGCUGGGGGAUCAGAAUGUGGAAACCAAGCAACUUCUUAGUGCAAGUUAUGAAUUUCAGAGAGAGUUCACACAAGGAGUAAAGCCUGACUGGACCAUUGCACGGAUUGAACAUUCAAAGUUACUAGAAUAAUCUUUCUUGGAAAAAUCAGCAUAUGGACUUUUAGCAACUGCUGUGAAAAACUAAGGAAGAAACACUUUGGAUCAUGUGAUCUUCACUUAAUCAAGUCUUUGUAUUCAUUGGAAAUACUCUUCGUGGUAUGUCAGAAUGGUACAAUAAAGCAUUUUCCACAGAUUGUCA